AUGUUGUCCCAGGCACUGCAAAAGGCAAAUACUGCUGUACUUCUGGAUAAAGCAGCCAAUUUUAAGGGUGCAUUGGAGGCAUAUACAGAUGCAUGCAAAUUAAUACAGUCAGUCAUGCUUCGAAGUAAUGGCGGAGAUGAUGAAAAGCUCAAGUUGGAAGAGAUUCGCAACACUUACAUGAUCCGGAUAAACGAACUCGAAAGCAUGGGGUUUUCUCUACUAGAUUUCGAGGAGGAAGCCCUCUCUGAGCUACCUUUAAAAUUCCUCCAUGGCUCCGCAAACCAUGGUGCUCAUGUAGACAGUCGACGUAGCUACGGGAACCCUCAGCCAAUUAAGAGUUUUGACUCUCCUGAUUCGGCGCAGGUCAUGCAAUAUACUGAUGAAAGAGGGGGCAAAGAUAAGAGAAGAGCUGAAGAGGAGCAAAAUUCUGAAGAGGAAAGAAGAGCUGGAUGGGACCUAGUUCGCCAUUACAGUAUGGAUGAUGAUGCCAAGCCACAAGAAAUACUGCCCCGACAUGAAGGGAAGGGUGAACCCGGGUACCUGCUUGAGGAAAAGAGACCUGAACCGGAACUCAGUCACCAAAUCGACGUGAACGAUGAGAAGGACCAACAAGAAAGGCUCUCGCGUGCGGUCAACAAACAUUUAGAGGAGAUAAAAGCUUCACAAGAGAGAACUCGCCAACUGUACUUGGAAAAGGAGGAACAUUGGAAUGUUUUCAAUAUGUUGGAUGACAACUUCUCUGCUACCACUGGCUCCGGUUCCACAAAACUCAAAGAACCCAGUGCUGGUGAUGAUUCUGAUCAGACACUAUCACCCGAACCUGCCCGCAAAAAGACUCGAGGCUUCUCCGGUGGUAUCUAUGAUUCUGAUGAUAAGCGAAAGCUGAUCUAUCAACACGAUGAUACCCAAGUCAAACCAUCUGAGGGACAAGACCUCGUCACUUCUGAGCCACUCAGCCAAGUACCUGAAGAACCUGGGCCUAGUUCUCUAACCAGUCCCUCGAAGAGUCCAUCCAGAAAAGAAAAUACAAAGGGGAAAGCCCCCAGUAGAGACGCGCCCACCACUCCUGCACAAUUCGAUCAGGCAUUUGAAGAACAUUUUGAACCUGGGGCUAGUUUGAUAGUCCAAGACUCAAAUAACCCGUUCCCUAAUCUCCCGCCGCUUGCUGAUUCCGUGGAAAAGGGGCUAUCUCGAUCCAGACCUACCAGCAACAUGGCCUCGAAGAGAUCGCCAGAGCAGGUUCAUGAAACCAGAAUGCUUGGAGAAGAAUUUGAAGGUUUCACCCCUGUUGAACCAUACAAACCAUCCGGUCAGACACUUGAAGAUAGGCCCAGUUCUCCAACCCAACCUUCAACAUCGGCGUCCAAAAACUCAAAGAAAUGGCUCAGACAGUUCUUAAAGAGAACGAGACGAUCUUAA